AUGAACCUAACAGCGUCCUCGUUAAAUGACCUCCAGGACGUCCUAGAUGAGCUAUUGUCCCCUAGGUCCUCUGACAGGCGGAUAUACGCCGCGAUCGCAUCGCUGGAACGUCAAGUAGCAGCGGUCUGCCUCAGUGGCGACGAGAACCACGAUUUCUGGGCGUUACAGUAUACCUUCGAAUGUAACGUACCGUCGCGAUUGCUGCAUUGGAUUGCCGUCUCCACACCGAGACUCGAUGCUUCGUGCACAGUAGUGGACAAGGAGAUCAACGCCCUCUCGUAUCAUGUAUCUCUCGCCCUCUCCGUUCUACAAGGGGUCGCCUUGAACCAUCCCGCAAGUAAAUCUUAUCUUGGGCGGAAAUAUUCACUCGAGAUAUUAUUGGAUCUACUUCUCGCCUCGCGUCACAUUCCCAGCAUCACCCCUCCCACCUCGGCUUCCACUCUCCCCGCACCAGCCCCUCUCUCUUCGACUGUAAUUGAUACCCUUCUGUGCAUAAUGGUUGACUCUACGGCUGCAUUGCGUGCUUUCGAAGAAGCAGGUGGACUGCAAGUCAUUGUAAAAAUUCUCAAGCGGGCAGGAACCCCUCGUGAAGUUAGGAUGAAAUGCCUGGAGUUCUUAUAUUUCUAUCUUUUGGAUGAAACCUUGUCUGCUUCCUCAGUCGGCGACCAACUGUCUGCUGACGCCCUAUCGGUCGAUAAUGCUUUACCUCCAACGGCGCCAGUGACACCGACGCGACAAGAGAAACCUUUCGUUUUCCCUACACCCUCCAACCCGAUUUCAAAUUACGGCUCCUCGACUUACGUAUUCUCGACAACCACAUCUGCCGGCUCAGCGAGAUCAGUUUCAUCGAGUUCGACAUCAUCUUUUUCUUCUACUUCGUCCGUUGCAACGUCGUCCACAGCCGCUUCUUCAGCUGCACCCUCGCGGUCAGCUUCUCCAGACAAGUCCUCCGCGUGCAAAGCGCCGAUAGAUUCAACACCCAGCGGCAUUAAAGCUGCGAAGGCACGGCCCUUGAUGAUGUUGCGAAAGGACGUAGAUUACGUGCCGAUGAGUCCCAAGAAAGCGCAGGUGUCAAACUUGGGUGUCAGGCCGCCGUCCGGAAGUGCUACAAGGUCACGAUACUUUCACAGUAACAAUACGCCUCGGCCGCCUUCACGAUUGGGCUCGGCCGCUAGCAUCACAGAACCUGAGUCGAAGACAAGCCCAACGAAGACUGCGGAACCUGUCCAAGCCAAGCAAGCGGAUGUCCGAACGAAGACCACCAAGGAGAAAAAGGAGUUGCUUGGGACGAUGCUAGGCAACGUCGAUGCCUUGGUUGAAGGCGUUCGAAAAGCAGGUGUGUGGGGAUUGAUUUGA